AUGGAUUGUAAUCUGAGCAACGAGCCCAUGGAUGUAGACAUGAGUUUUAACUCAACUAAUGCUAUGGAAAUAUCGUACAAUGAAGAUAAAAGUUUAAUAAAGCAAGAAAAUCAUCAACCAACUGUACACUCACCAAAAGCACCAAAGUAUAAAAAGUUAAUAGUAGACUUGCAUUCAAGACAAAUAAAAUCCAAAAGAUAUAAUAAUCUUUUGUAUGCCUUGGGUAUGAUGGUGCUGUCAAUAUCCAUACUUGUUUACCAUUUUAAAGUAAAUGUUAGCUGUAAUGAUAACAUAGACACAGAAAUGUUAAGAAUCAGUUUAUUACAAAGAAUACAUGGACAAGAAACUGCAAUAUCAAAAAUAAUUAAAACACUUGACAGUAAAGAGAGAAUUAAAGUUUUAAUUAUGUUUGGCUCCACUGGUGUUGGUAAGACGUUAGCAGGUACUAUACUACUCAGGGACCAGCAAGCUUCCAACAUUUACCAUUAUACAAUGCCAACAUUUGCUGACGCUAUCACCUCAGAUAUUUUACUAGGCCUGACUUGGUGCAAAUCAUCUUAUUUAGUAGUUGAUGAUCUUAAAAACAAUGACAUUCUUAAAAUUAAGACGAUAUUAACAAUUUUGAUAAACAAAAGUGAUUAUUUAGACAGAAAUCUGACAAUAAUACUUAUUUAUAAUUGCAUUCCUGAUGAUAUAAAGUUUCCGUUUCAAUGUUUAAGUUCAUUUGAGAGUCAAUUAAGGCAGAAUUUGAGUGAUAUUAAUGUUUCAAAACAUUACGUAGAAUUCAAUCAACUUGAUCAUAAUAUCUUGAAGAAAUGUAUCGAAUAUGAAAUGGGACAGGAAAUCGACCCAAACAUAUUUGAAAAAAUAUCCAAAAACUUUGAUGUCAAACAGGAUGGUUGUAAAGGUGUGCACCAGAAAAUUAAGUAUUUGAAUAAUAGAAUGAGGGUGUAA